AUGAGAACAGAAGAUUUUUUGAAUCCUGAUGAAGAAAGUGAAAUAGAAAAACUUGUGGAUGAGGAGACAAUUAUUCAAGCAGUUCAAGAAGGUAAACAACCCAAGGCCAGACAGUUUGUUUAUGGAACCGCCGUUGAUUUCGAAAAAUCACGAGACUACAUCUGUAGUAAACAACUCAAGGCCAGACAGUUUGUUUAUGGAACCGCCGUUGAUUUCAAAAAAUCACGAGACUACAUCUGUAGUAAGGCCAGACAGUUUGUUCAUGGAACCGCCGUUGAUUUCGAAAAUCACGAGACUACAUCUGUAGUAAACAACUCAAAGCCAGACGGUUUGUUUAUGGAACCGCCGUUGAUUUCUAAAAAUCACGAGACUACAUCUGUAGUAAGGCCAGACAGUUUAUUCAUGGAACCGCCGUUGAUUUCUAAAAAUCACGAGACUACAAGGACAUUUUCAUAA